UUUUCUGAAUCUGCAAGAGAUCCAUUUUUGCCCUAAAUCUAUCAUUCAGAUUCAGAAUCAUAUCACAUAUCCUUUCACGAUAUCUUCUCCCACAAGCAACAUAUCAAGGUUCGGAGGUGAGAUUUGGCUGAUGCAUGAGAAAUCCACAAAGGAGAGGAGCGAUGGCGAUGGAGAAGUCGAGCUCAAAGUACAGAACACAGUUUUGGUACGUGGCAAUGGUCUCUUUCCUCCUCUGGCUUGUCUUGCUUUACCUUUUCAGUUCCUCCGCGACAACCGUUCAUACCCACGAGAGAUUGUUCCGACCAGAAAACGUCAUCAAUCUCCCCAUCAACGUCCCAAAACACGUCCAAGAAUCUGAUCAGGCUGUUCUCUCCGUCGACGUCCCACAACACGACCAAGAACCUGACCAGCCUGUUGUCUCUGCCGUAGACAACAACACACUUCCUGUUAAUACCCGCGGGAAUGAUACCUCUCGGGAGGUUCAGAUUUCGGAAGAUGCCAAGGUUGUGACUGAUCUCGUCGAGGAACUCGAGAAAGAAAAGAUUGAGAACGAGAAGAAGAGAGCAGACUCAGGUUUGAGUGGUCGGACCACGAGGUCAAGGAGGGGACAUCGCGAACCAAGAAAGGCUAGAUUGGAACCUGAGAAGAAAAGGGUUCGCCAUAAUGAUGAUGAUAAUGAGAGGAAUGUGGUUAAUAGUGAUGAGAAUCAUCAAUCAUACGACAAAGAACUAAACUUUUUGGAGCCUAAGGAUGACGUGGGAUCCAAGAAAGAUCGAGUAGGUAAGGAAAUGGCGAAUGGUUUGUCCGAUAAUGAUAUUGAAAGUGACAACACUUCUGAAACAGUGUCCGAACCAAAAAAUCAGAGACAUUUCACACCGAGUAAGACAGUUUCCAAGGCCAAGAACAGAGUAACCUCAAGGAGAAACCGGCCUAAAGUUAUGGUACGGCCAAGAGCAACGCGACGUAACGAUCCAUGUCGAGGAAAAUACGUUUACAUGCACGACGUUCCAUCUUUAUUCAACGAGGAGCUUCUCAAGAACUGCUGGACGCUGAGUAGGUGGACGGACAUGUGCGAGUUAACAUCGAACUUCGGUUUAGGCCCUCGUCUACCAAACAUGGAGGGAGUUUCCGGUUGGUUCGCCACAAAUCAGUUCACAUUAGAAGUGAUAUUCCACAACAGGAUGAAGCAGUACAAGUGCUUGACCAAAGACUCGUCUCUCGCUUCAGCGGUGUAUGUUCCUUACUAUCCAGGUUUAGACUUGAUGCGGUUCCUGUGGGGACCGUUCCCUUUCAUGAGAGAUGCGGCGGCGCUUGAUCUGAUGAAGUGGCUUAGGGAGAGACCAGAGUGGAAGAGAAUGGACGGUCGAGAUCAUUUCAUGGUGGCUGGUCGCACCACUUGGGAUUUUAUGCGUACUCCAGAGAAUGAAUCUGAUUGGGGCAACAGGUUAAUGAUCUUGCCGGAAAUUAGAAACAUGACGAUGUUACUAAUAGAAUCAAGCCCAUGGAACUACCACGGCUUUGCGGUUCCUUACCCGACUUACUUCCACCCUUCAACCAACGCAGAGAUCCUCCAAUGGCAGAACAGAAUGAGAAGAAUCAAACGUCGUUACCUAUUCUCCUUCGUUGGUGCACCACGUCCAAACCUAGGCGACAGCAUAAGAACCGAGAUCAUGGACCAGUGCAAAGCUUCCAGAAGAAAAUGCAAGCUUCUUGAAUGCGUUUCAGGCUCUCAAAAAUGCUACAAACCCGACCAGAUCAUGAAGUUCUUCUUGAGCUCAACGUUCUGUCUCCAACCUCCUGGUGACUCCUACACUAGACGGUCUACAUUCGACUCGAUAUUAGCCGGUUGCAUACCGGUUUUCUUCCAUCCCGGGUCGGCUUACGCGCAGUACGUUUGGCAUUUACCUAAAGAUAUCGGUAAAUAUUCUGUUUUUAUUCCCGAGAAGAAUGUCAAAGAAGGUAAAGCGAGUAUAGAGAAGGUUUUGAGUAGGAUUCCGAGGGGGAAAGUUGUGGCGAUGAGAGAAGAAGUGGUGAAGUUGAUACCGAGGUUGAUGUAUUUUAACCCGUCUGGUAAGAGAGGAGACGCGGGGAGGUUUGAAGAUGCGUUUGAUGUGGCUGUGGAUGUAGUGCUGCAGAGAGUUGAAGGGCUGAGGAAGAGGAUUGAGAAAGGGAAUGAAGAGAUUUUUGAGUUUCCGGAGCAGUUUUCUUGGAAGUAUAAUGUGUUUGGGAAUGUUGAGAAGCAUGAGUGGGAUUCUUACUUUGAUAGGCAUUGAUUCAUUUGAUAUUAGACUGUGUUUGAUGUGUGUGUGUUUUGUUUUCUUCAAGUUCUUGGGAGAUAAAUGAAUGUAGUAGUUGUGA